ACAGUUUUUUAGUUUCUACGGUCGUUCGAGAACGAAUAAAAAGUGUGCUGUGUAUCUGAAUUCAGCAAAAAUCAACUCUGUUUUAUUAAUUCACUGAGGAUUUUUUUACCUGCCCAUUCAUUACCCACCAUUGUGUUGAAGUAGAGAGACUUUUGCAGGAAAAAGAACUGGCUGCUGUUGUUAAUUACAAAAUAUUCAGAUUAUUAAACUCCAACGUUGUGAGCAGUUGAAGAAAAUAUUACUUCUGCGACGUUAUUUUUACAAUCUACGGUCGUUGGCAAAAGUGUGCUGUAAUUUGUCUUCAGAGACUUUGGGCUGGCUUGCUGCGUUGCAAAUGCUGAAUUUCUAUUUUUUUCAUUUUCAUUCAAGUUGUUUAGUGUGUGACGGAUUGAGAGAAUUUUCAGUUUCAAAUGAAUUCUCGAUUGCUAGGAUUUCAAAAUGCAGUUUUAAAUUAUUUCUAAUUCUAAUGUAAAAAAUAAAAGUAAAUAUUAAAAUAAUAGAAAGCUAUAAAUGCUAAUUGUGAUUAUUAAUUAAAGAAAAACUUUUUGCGCCCACUCUUCCCACUAUUUUAAUUAAGAACGUGUUUUUUUUUUGCGGUGACCAUUGUUCCAGCGGCAGUACGUGUGAUUCACAACAAAAAUUAUUUCUCUUUGGUUUGUGCCAGUUCUUUUCUUUCAUUUUCUUUUUUAAAACACAAUGGUUUUGGCGGAACGUAAUUCAGAAUUAGUACGUAAUGGCAGACGUUCGCGUGGUCCCAGUCCAAAUGGUCAUGGCGCUAGUUCGGGUAGUGCUAGUGGCACGGCUGGUGCUCCCGGUGGCACUGGCACUCCUGAAACAAGUUCAGAUGAUGACAAUUCCAUCAAACGUAAUGGUAAAUCAAAAGCUAAACAAAGUGAAUAUGAAGAAAAAAUCCGCGUUGGUCGUGACUAUCAGGCAGUGUGUCCACCUUUAAUACCAGAACCGGAUCGAAAACCCGAAGUCCUUAAUGAUCGUGCUCUGCUAGUUUGGUCACCCACUAAAGAUAUUCCCGAUACUAAGCUUGAGGAAUACAUAUCAGUUGCCAAAGAGAAAUAUGGUUAUAAUGGCGAACAAGCUUUGGGUAUGUUGUUUUGGCAUAAACAUGAUUUAGAAAGAGCAGUAAUGGAUUUGGCAAACUUUACACCAUUUCCCGAUGAAUGGACCGUCGAAGAUAAAGUACUUUUUGAACAAGCAUUUCAAUUUCAUGGCAAAAGUUUUCAUCGUAUACGUCAAAUGUUACCCGAUAAAUCAAUAGCCAGUUUGGUUAAAUAUUAUUAUUCAUGGAAAAAGACACGACAUCGUCAAAGUGUUAUGGAUCGUCAGGAGAAAAUUAAAGCCAACAAAGAGGGUGGUUCUUCAGAAAACGGUAGUGACAAUGGCAGUAAUGAAGAAUCCGACAAUGAUGACAAGGAACAAACCUUGUCAACAUUACAAGCAGGAAAUUUAAUUGAUCAAACUAGCGAUGCCGCCCAUUACAAUAUGGUUGGUGGGCACAGUGGUGAAGGUGGUGUUGUUGGCAUUGAAAACGAUUCGAAUCACAUUUCAAAUAAUAUUGCCAAUAAAUCCCAAAUGCAUUCUUUAAAUCCUCCGUCCCAUAUAAAUAACGAUUCGAUUAAUUCGAAUGGCAUACAAAAUCAAGUCAAUACAAAUAAUUCUACAUCUAUGAAUUCCAACUCCUCUACUUCUACCAGUGCCGCUGGCUAUUGUUCAAAUUGUGGUGUUGCCUGUAAUAUAUUGAAUAAUUCGCCACAUGGUAAACUAUGUUCCAGUUGCCAUCAUCAUUGGAGACGCACUGGCAAUAAACGUCCCACUUCGGGUCCAUAUUUUAGCAAAAGAUCUCGUGACCGUAAUGCUGAACGUCAUAAACGCAAACCGCCUCGUGGCAUGUAUAUAAAUCAUGAUGAUAUUGUCGCUCUGGCCAGUGCAAAUGAUAAUCAAGAUGAGUUACUGGCAAAUAUUGAUCGUGAAAUUGUCUCCCUCUUAAGUCAAGUACAGUUGAAUAAGCAAAAUAUCUCGGCAUUAAAACGUAAAAACUCUGAUAAUUUGGAAGAGAUACGACCAAAUGAAAAUACAAAUCGCAUUAAUGCACGAUGGACAAAUGAUGAAAUCUUAUUAGCUGUACAGGGAGUGCGAAAGUAUGGUAAAGAUUUUCAAGCAAUUGCUGAAACUCUGGGUACUAAAACAGAAGCUCAUGUUAAGACAUUCUAUGUAAAUCAUCGUCGUCGCUAUAAUCUAGAUCAAAUCAUUAAGAAAUUCGAAGUCGAAAAAGAGGCUAAUGCUCCAGCCAACUCGGCCAAUACUACUACCUCAUCGUCAUCAAACUCAUCUUUAACUGCCACCAACAAUAGUAUCUCUACAAAUGCUGAGCCCAUAAUUGGGGGUGGUGGCGUAAGUGCCAGUGGUAAUGUAAAAAAAGAUGACACUGCUACAGCGGGUACAAGCAACACCAGCAGCAGCAGUACACAAUUGAAAAAGAAAGAAAUUGUACCUAAUAGUGUUAAUGAAGAAUCUGAUAAUACAACAUCGAGUGAAACUGCUAUUUCAAAAUCAACGAUUUCCACAAUCACCACUACCACAGAGGAGCGUAAAAGCGAGAGUAGUUUGAGUGGCGUCAUGGCUGCAAAGGAUAAUAUUAUCUUGGAGAUUGAUUUAGAUGCUGAACCGACGGAGAUACAGCCACCUUCUGCUAAAAGGAUUGCCUUGAGUGUUUCAAAUCAGGAUUUUCCUAAAUCAAGUCCUGCUUAAAAUAAACUGCUUAUGCAGAUAAUACUUUAACAUUUAAAUACAACUAUAAAACAUAACUAUAGA